AUGUAUUUCCGAGGAAGAGCUCUGGAUUCUGGAUUAAUGACAGACAAUCUUCUUGGAAAAGAAGAGUUCGAUCGAAUUCUUGAGGAGAAUGCCUCCAGUCUCGUCGUCAUCGAUUUCUUUGCAACAUGGUGCGGUCCCUGUAAGAUUAUGGGACCGAAAUUCAACAAAAUGUCUAACGAGUUCACUGAUGUGAUUUUCGUGAAGGUGGAUGUAGACGAGAAUGAGGAUAUCGUCUCUCGUUUUCAAAUCAAUGUCAUGCCUACAUUUAUAUUUAUGAAAGGCGGCAAACAAAUUGACUCUGUCGAGGGGUCAAUGGAGGAUCAACUUCGGCAAAAAUUAUCAGCGAAUCAU